AUGUUCUCCCCACUCCUCAUCAUCUCUCUCACAGCCAUGGCGGCCGCCGAUUUCACGACCACAAUGGACUUCAGAGACUGGCUCCUCGGCGAAGAUAGCAUCGGCCAUGCGACCGAACACCCCUUUGGCUUCCGCGGUUCAAUCGUAAACAUUGACCAGAAUAAAACAACCAUACACGCGCAAUUCGAUCAGGACAGCGGCGACCUAUCUAGCAAGUACCAUGUCGCAAACAACACAAACUCGUUCACAUUCACCUUUGCGCCCGACUACAUCUCCGCGCAAAUGGCGAAACCCGAGUGGUGGCAGACGACGUACAAUGUAGACUGUUCAGGACCAGGCAGUCGUGCUACCGAAUACAUUGAUGUAGCAGCAAACACAUGCACAGUUUCGCUAUGGGGCGCAGCGUUUUCGUCAAGCCAGUGCAGGGAUGGGGCGUGGGGGAUAAGACAAUCGACGCGCUCGAGUUGGUUUUGUGAUGAAAAUGGGGUGCAGAGUGCUACUUGGAGACAAAAGAGUCUGGAAGACUAUACCACGCAAAGGAAACAAAUUGUUCUCACGGCGGGGUUGGAGAAAUUGGGUGCGGAAGCUACGGAGGCUACGGUCACGCCUACGGCUACUGCGAGUGCGAGUGCGAGUCCGACUAUUAGUGGGCCGGCGCGGGAGACUGGCGGGGCCGGCGCGGUACGGGCGGCUGAUAUCGCAAUGGCCUGUGUUGGUGCUGCUGUAGCUGUGGGCAUGUCGUAA